AUGGCGCUCCCGUCGCGCGCCGGAACGUCCAACCCCAGCGCGCUGUUACCGAGCGAACUCGUCGAGCGGUGCGUCGGGAGCCCGCUGUGGGUGCUCAUGAAGGGAGAGAAGGAGAUGACGGGCACGCUCCGAGGAUUCGACGUCUACGUGAACAUGGUGCUCGAGGACGUGACGGAGUACGAGAUGACGGCGAACGGACGGGUGGAGACGGGACGGAUGGAUCAGAUAUUGUUGAACGGGAAUAACGUGGCGAUUUUAGUGCCGGGAGGGAUGCCGGAGGAGGGAUGA